AUGGCGUUCGGGAUAUUAUCGAAGUCCCGUUCCUUAUGCAUCAAGGCGCAGUAUACUUAUUCAAGUCCAUCUAUCCUCCUCUGUUCUCGAGCUAUCUCUGGCUCUGCUAAUUUCAGCUCGCGUUCCUCUUCCAAUUCCUUUAUUUUCCGGCCAAAUUCCUUCAUCGGAAACUGCUUCAUCCCUAGGUUCACUCAAGCGGAAGCUCAUGGACAACCCUUCGAUAUUUCUUUUCAGUUCCCUUCUCCGCGCCACUUCGCAGCUCGGACUAAUCAAAGUGGAGCACUUGAGAAGUACGGAACUGAUUUAACUGAGAUGGCUAGACAAGGAAAACUCGAUCCUGUCAUUGGACGUAAUGAUGAAAUUAGGCGCUGCAUAGCGAUAUUGUGCAGGAGAACAAAAAGCAAUCCUGUUAUCGUUGGUGAACCUGGUGUAGGGAAAACUGCUAUUGCUGAAGGGUUGGCCCAACGAAUCGUAGGCGGAGAUGUACAUGAACAUCUCUUGAAUCGAAAGUUGGUAUCUCUCGACAUGGGUUCAAUUGUUGCUGGUACACAUUAUCGAGGUGAUUUUGAGGAACGGUUGAAAGCAGUACUAAUGGAUGUAACUUCUUCCAAUGGGCAGACAAUUUUGUUCAUUGAUGAAAUUCACACUCUUGUUGGUGCAGGACGUACUAAAGAUAGUGCAAUGGACGCGAGCAACAUCUUAAAACCAAUGCUUGCACGCGGUGAACUACAAUGCAUUGGUGCAACUACGCUGACCGAAUACCGCAAAUACAUAGAGAAAGAUCCAGCUCUGGAGCGUAGGUUUCAUCAAGUGUUAUGUGAUCAGCCAUCCGUUGAAGCUACCAUCUCGAUUCUUCGCGGGUUAAGAAAGCGUUACGAGUUACACCAUGGUGUUAAGAUAUCAGAUGGUUCCCUUGUUUCGGCUGCGGUUCUUGCAGACCGCUACAUUACUGAACGCUUUCUGCCAGACAAAGCUCUUGAUCUUGUUGACGAAGCUGCUGCAAAUCUUAAGAUGGAGACCACUUCUAAGCCCUCUGAACUAGAUGAAAUAGACAGAUCCUUAAUUACUCUAGAGAUGGAAAAGCUUUCUUUGAAAAUGGAAACUAAUAAAGCUUCAAAAGAGCGGCUACAAAAGAUUGAGAAUGAUUUGAGCACGCUCAAGGACAACCAGAUUAGAUUCAGUGAGCAAUGGCAAAUAGAAAAGUCUCUUAUUGCUAGAAUACGUUCAUUUAAAGAAGAGAUGGCUGAAGUAAACCAGGAAAUUGAGUACGCUGUAUGGGAAUCUGAUGAAAAACGUGUUGAUGAACUUAAGUAUGGAACACUUGUAUCCCUUCAACGCAAGUUAGAAGAAGCUAAAAAGAACCUCGUGAACUCUCGAGAGUCUGAACUGUCACUAGUCGAAGAAGAGGUAACUGACCUUCACAUAGCAGCGAUAGUAAGCAAGUGGACUGGUAUUCCACUGUCUAGUCUUCAGCAAUCUGAGAGAGAAAAGCUGGUCAUGUUGGAACAAAUGCUCCACAAGAGAGUUAUAGGUCAAGACUUGGCUGUAGAAUCAGUAGCAGAUGCUAUCCGUUGUUCGAAAGCUGGUCUUUCAGAUCCUAACCGCCCAAUAGCCAGUUUUAUGUUCAUGGGUCCAACAGGUGUUGGUAAAACCGAGCUUGCCAAGGCUUUAUCUGGAUAUCUUUUCAACAAUGAAAACGCAAUAGUGAGGCUAGAUAUGAGUGAGUACAUGGAAAAAAUUUCAGUCUCACGUCUCGUUGGUGCACCACCGGGCUAUGCGGGUUACGAAGAGAGUGGGUUAUUAACUGAAGCUGUUCGGAGGAGACCUUACUCAGUGGUUUUGUUUGAUGAGAUCGAGAAAGCUCACCCUGAUGUCUUUAAUGUCUUGCUACAACUACUAGAUGACGGAAGAAUAACUGACUCUCAUGGGAGGACAGUAAGUUUCACAAACUGCUUUGUAAUAAUGACUUCUAAUAUAGGAUCUCAACACAUACUUGAGACUAUUCGCAACAAUCAUGAAGAUAGCAAAGAAGCAGUUUAUGAAAUGAUGAAGCAACAAGUUGAGGAGUUAGCAAGACAAACGUUCAGGCCAGAGUUCAUGAAUAGAGUUGAUGAAUACAUUGUUUUCCAACCCUUGGAUUCAAGAGAAAUAUCGAAAAUCGUGGAGUUGCAAAUGAUACGAGUGAAGAAUAGAUUGGAACAGAAUAAAAUUAAUUUUCAGUACACGAAAGAAGCGGUGGAUCUCCUUGGUCAGUUUGGGUUUGAUCCCAACAAUGGGGCAAGACCAGUGAAGAGAGUGAUUGAGAAGAUUGUGAAAAAGGAGAUCGCCAUCAAAGUUUUGAAAGGAGAGUUUGCAGAGGAGGACACUAUUCUUCUGGAAGUUGACCACACAAAUAACAAACUGGUCAUUAAGAAGCUCGAGAAUAAUGCUCCCAUUGAAGAAAUGGCAGCUUAA